AUGCUUAAUGACAGUAUGCUGCUCUCCGAUAUUAAAGAACAAAACUUUGAUCUAAUGAUUGUUGACAGCACCCCGAUAGCCGCCAUGUUGGUUUUGAUCCCUUAUAAAUUUAAUGUUCCGUUUAUACUGUGCGGUGCUUAUUACGAUCCUUUAGCACUUCGAGUCCCGUUCUCACCAGCUGUUACUCCUUUUGAAAUAUUGGAAAAUACUGAUAGAAUGACAUUUUACCAGCGAUUUAGUAGCGCCAUGUGGCAUUUACACAUAACGUAUUACAGUCCCUUUUCGUACGCAAACGCCGCUGGAAGGUAUGUACCCGAAAAACCAAACCUGUGCAUUGUGGAUAUUAUAAAGAAAACGGAAUUAGUAUUAUAUGAGUACAGCAUAUUGUUAAAAUAUCCCCAGCCAACAAUGCCAAAUAUAGUACUUUUAGGGGACGUAACUCCAUCAAGCGACACCCAGAUUCCGAACAAUUUCAAAAAAUUCUUGGAUAGAUCUAAGAAUGGAGUUGUAUUAGUUUCCUUUGGAAGUUUAGCAAGUGCUGGCGACAAACCAGUAUUUAAGAAACUUGUAUCCGCUUUCAAACGAACUAAAUACAACUACAUCAUAAAAGGAGAAUUCACUCAAAGUGAUGAUCAAAUUUUAGCUGAGAACUGGAUACCACAAUCAUCGUUAUUAAAACAUGCCAAUAUCAAACUAUUUAUAACUCAUUGUGGAGCCAAUGGAAUUAGAGAAGCUAUUAUCGGUGGAGUUCCUAUGUUAGGGUUUCCAUUAUUUGCAGAACAACCAGGAAAUGCGUUCAAAAUGCAAUCCCGUGGAUUUGGUAUUAAAAUGGAUUUAUAUUGGGAUAAUGAAGAUGAUAUUGUAAAAUCGAUCAAUGAAAUAAUAGAGAAUCCUCAAUAUAAAAACACGGUGAAACGAGCAUCAGAAUUUAUGAAUGCUCAGAAAGGUAAUGCUACACUAGAAGCAGUAUUUUGGAUAGAAACUAUUUUAAAAUUUGGUGGUGAAUAUUUACGGUCUGCUGGUGUAGAUAUACCACUGUAUCAAUAUUUGUUAUUAGAUGUUAUAUUUGUAUUAAUCUGUAUUAUCAUAGUUGUUAUUCUUAUUAUGUAUCUUAUUUGUAAAUGUAUUUGUAACAGAAUGUGUUCUAAAACUAAGACUAAAAGGGAAUGA